AUGGCCACCAAUUUUUUAACCAUCACCAAGGAACAACUCCAAACUUCACCGAAUGGCCGUGAAUAUUCAGCACAAGUUUCCGGAAGAGGCAUUCCAUUCCUCUUGAAAAAGGUUCAUAUUAACAUUGAAUUGGAAAAUGAUGAAGAUCCAUCCAUUGUUGAUUCACUCCUCACUAUUGCUAAUGACAUGUUACAAAAAUUGGAUGUGUAUGCUGCCAAGGCCACUGAAGAAUUGUACGAACUUUUCAAUGAUGAGUGGAAUGAGGAAGGAGAAGAAGUUUCCAAGGAAGAUUUUGCAAAGAGAUUAAAGUUGGAAUCUUUAAUCGUCAAAAGUUCAUCAAGAUUGGUCUAUUUUGAUGAUGGAGAACUUUUCUGUGGUCACGUUAUUGAAGUCAAUAUUGAUAAUGAAGGAAAUGUUGAAAGUGCUGACAUUGCUGGAUAA